CCACAGCAGAGCCUUUUGCUUCAUCUCUUCUUCCUCCCUCCCCUCCUCUGCCCUGUCUAAUCUCCUCGCGCACACACAGACAUCACAGGAAUGGCUUGUGUUCGUUCGAUUGGUUCUUUGACUUCUGUCACUCGUUCCCCACGAGAUAUUCCUCUCUCAGCAGGUAUUGUUGUAUCUUCAUGCUCUGUUCUUCCCAUCAAAGGCUCCUCGUUCACUGGCUCUCCUGUGUCUCUCCCUAGGGUACAACCCUCAUCCCGAACAGCUCUAAGACCGUGGAAACCAGUCCCAAUCACGAUGAUGGUAAAGCCUACGCUCCAAUUCAUCCAAGGGACGGAUGAGAUGACGAUCCCUGACGUUAAGUUGACUCGGUCAAGAGACGGAAGUAAUGGUAUGGCACUCUUCUCUUUCGACCAGCCAUCAGUUUUUGAUUCCAGCGGUGAAGUGGGGGAGAUAACGGGAUUGUACAUGAUCGAUGAGGAAGGUGUGAUUCAGUCUACGGAUGUGAACGCGAGAUUCAUCAACGGGAAACCUGAAGGGAUUGUGGCGAAGCACGUAAUGCGAACACCGAAAGAAUGGGACAGGUUCAUGAGGUUCAUGGAGCGGUACUCUGACCAGAACGGGUUGCAGUUCGUUAAGAAGUAAUGAGGUGGGAGACUUUUCCAGUGAGCAAAACUGUGUAUGUUACAUUAAUUUUUUUCACUCUUUUGAUCUAUAUAAUCUUUUACUCUACCUAGUUUUGAUCUUUACUUGAGUUUCUAUAACUUACAAUUGGUAUAUAUAUGCACUAUAUAUAGUUCGUUUAAUUA